UGUGGCUCCACUUCCGGGUUCACGCAGUGUUGCCCUCCCUCACGUCUUGGCAUGCCAGCGUGACUGUUUCCCUCUUCCCCGUCUGUCCUCACGUUUCAUGUCACAGACCGUCCACCAGGUAAACAUCACACCUGCCCAGGCGGAUCGAUACUUUUACCUGAUUGAACAAGCCUUUAUUUGAGUAGGAGGAGUCGUUUUGUUUGAGCAUGAGUGCCAAGGAUCAAACCCAGCAACAACAACAACAGCCCGGCGGGUCUAGUAGCUACUCCUCGGGAGGGACGGGCACGAGUAGCAUGGAGACUCUCGGCACGCAGGACGUCAUCGACGGGGAACACUUCGAGGAGGAGGAGGCCGAGCCGCUGUGGGGCCGGCUGUUCCCUGUAGGCUCAGCGUUUACGUCGCUAGAUUUAAUUGAGGAGGAGUACAAAUUUGGCCGAGACUCCAAGGCGAAUUACAGUUUUGACUCUCCUGCUAUCAAGAAGAGCAUGUACUUCCAGGCUUACAGCAAGAAUCACUUCAGAAUCUACAGGGAGAAAGUGUCCGACACCUGCUAUAACGUGUUCCUGGAGGAUACCAGCUCUAACGGCACCUUUCUGAACGGGGACAAGGUCGGCAAACACAAGAAACAGCUGCUGAGGAACAAUGAUGAAAUAGCUCUGGCCAUGAAGAAAAACAAAGCUUUUGUUUUUAUGGACAUGAACGCUAAUGAAGAUAUGAGUCUACCAGAGGAGCUGAGACGAAAGUACACGCUGUCAAGAUUUCUGGGGAAGGGAGCAUGUGGAGAGGUCCGACUGGCUUUCACCAAAGGAACAUGUCACAAGUUUGCUGUGAAGAUUGUCAGCAAAAAGGUCUUCACUAUGGGUGGCAGGAACCAGAGAGCCCUGGAUCCAGAGAGAAUCUUUGGAGAGGUGCAGAUCAUGAAGGCAUUGAAACAUCCCUGUAUUAUCAAGAUAGAAGAUGUGAUAGACACUGAGGAUACCUUGUACAUAGUAUUGGAACUGGUUGAAGGUGGAGAGUUGUUUGACCGUGUGGUGUCGCUGGGCCGCUUCACUGAGCCAGUUGCCAAGCUGCUCUUCUACCAGAUGUUGGUGGCAGUCAAGUAUUUGCACGAGCAAGGAAUCACACAUAGAGACUUGAAGCCAGAAAAUGUGCUCCUUGGCUCUGAUGACAUGGAGACCAUCAUCAAGGUGACAGAUUUUGGUCUGUCCAAGUUUGUUGGGGAAAACUCCCUGAUGAAGACCCUGUGCGGCACUCCGAGUUACCUGGCUCCAGAGGUGCUGAGAACUGCCGGGAUGGGCGGCUACACCAAAGCUGUGGACUGCUGGAGCCUGGGGGUCAUCCUAUUUGUCUGUCUUGGUGGGUAUCCUCCCUUCACUGAUGAGCGGAAGGACAUGAAGUUGGAAGAGCAGAUCAUCCGCGGCUCGUACCAGCUACAUGAGAAGUACUGGAGAGGAAUCUCUGAAGAUGCCAAAGACCUCAUCAAGAAGCUGCUAACAGUUGAUCCCAAGAAGAGAUUCACUGUGACUCAGGCACUCAACCACCCAUGGCUUAAGGACCCCGAGAUGACAGCCAAGGCAAACAAACUGAUGUUCCCAGCAGCUUCUGGAAUGCCUCCACCACUUUCCACCGCAAGCAGAAAGAGACCCCACCCUGGCCAGGAGGAAAGCCACGACCCUAAGACCUCCUCCCCCGUCACCCCGACCCUCCCCACCCCUCCACCACCCAAGCGCCGGGUAGGAGACGAAAGCUCUAGUAGCGGCGGGAGCGGUUCAUCCACGUCCACUUCCGCCAUGUCUGUGGACUCACCGCGGUUGUCGCACACCGGAAUGUCUGACGGUUAGACCAAGGGACCGGCGGCUUAUGGAAGUACACUUGUAAAGGCCUGCCAACAAUAACAACCAUCCGUCAGGGAACAGCUAAGCGGACUCAGGGCCAGUAUGGACAGGGACCUCAUCAUCUUCUGUCGGCUCUAUCUCUCUCCCCUGCAACACUGCCAAUGAUUUUAGCCAUAUUUCAACGCAUGCUUCCAAACUCUACAAUUCAUGCUUCAGUACAGAUAGAUUGCUAUGCCGCUUUCCUGUAGGAAUGAACCAUUUUAAGGGGUGGAAGGAACCGGAAAAUGAGAAAGAACUGUGUAGUAUUACCUAGUCUGCUCUUCUUCCUGUAAUUUAUCAGCUUUGUACCGCCUGAGCUCUCUCUGUACUUGCACUCUUGCCACUUCUUUACAAUCUGCCUGUAUAAGAAAGCAUUACCCCUUGCUCUUGUGUGGUGUAGGUUUCCAUAUUGAUGUGAUAGACACCAACUUCUGACUCCUAGCAGCUCCCAGGGAGCCAUGAAGGUCAUUGCCAAGGGUGCGCUCUAUUGAAAACAUGGGCACAUCAUCACUUUGGUGAUGGAUUCUGAAUGGAGAGCUCACAGCAAAAGUGGCAACUUGUUGAAAGGGAGCGCAGGCUUUAAUGUUUUUCAUCUGAGAGGCGGAAUAAAUGGUGCAAGGAUGUGUUUAUGAUGUGGGGAGGGGGGUGUCCUUGAGCUGAGUAGGAACAGUGGCAGAAAUAUUGUAUAGAACUUAGUGUGGGGGAGUAUAGCAUAAAAAGAGACAACGAAGCAAUGUUUAAAUGUUAGCCUCUUGUAUUGGGAUUAGUAUGUGACUACUAAGUACUUGCUAAAAGACAUUCCUUUAUACAACGUGGUUUCCAGAUACAUGUAUCUAUCAUGCCACAAAUCUAUGAUAUCUUCUAAUCUAUUAGCACUUUGGAACUGUACAGAAUAUACAAUGGAGGAUGUUACAAGUACUACAGUGAGAGCACUCCAAUAGAAAAGAUUCAUGUUUGGAAACUAGCAUACUGUCAUGUGCCACCCUUUAAGCAGUAGAUGUCAAAUACAUACAAAUGCAUAUUAGAUGGACUUCUUAGCCUUUGACAUGAGCUAACUUUGAGAAGUGUUACAAUGUUAUAAAUGUCAGGAAUUAUUAAUGGCAUAUUGGAUGGUGUAUCUAUCGUUCCAUUUUAGAAGUAGAUGUUGUUGACUUGUUCCAGUAGAAUAGUGCAGUGGUUAAACCAAGCAUUAUACACAUGAAAUAGAGAUAUUAUGUAUAGGUAACUAGCUUAUUAUCAUGAUAUGAUGCCACAACACACUGCCACAGUAUUUACAGCUAAAUAUGAAUGUACUUAAAAAUGUUUUAGAAAGCACACACUGGUCACUAAACUGUUUUAACCAAAGUACUGUAUAGAAUAUACUCUCUUCUAUGAACUA